AUGGAGAUGAUGGAGAACAUCUCUUCACACCAGAGCUUCAUUCUAAAUUGUUUUGAUGAACUCGGAGCGCUGAGGCCCGCCCUCUUCAUCCCAUACUUCUCCAUGUUGGUCCUCUCACUGUUGGCCAACGCUCUGCUGAUCUACGUUAUAGUUUCACAGAAGAACCUCCACUCACUGAUGUACAUCCUGAUCGCCGUCAUGGCUGGAGUCGACCUCAUCAUCCCGUUCUUCUUCAUCCCCCACAUGUUGUUGAGUUUCCUGUUGGACUGGAGGGGAAUCUCUGUGACCGCCUGCUUCAUGCAGAUGUUCUUGAUUCACUCUGUUGGAACAUUCCAGGCCACUAUAUUGGUCUGGAUGUCUCUGGACCGAUACUUCGCCAUCUGUACGCCCCUUCGCUACCAUGAAGUCAUGACAUUGUCACGAUUCAUGAAGUUUGUGGUCCCACUUGUGGUCAGAAACUUCUUCUUGAUUAUGUUGUUUGUGAUUCUGGUGGGAAAGUUGUGGUUCUGUGGUGGAAACAUGAUAAACCACUGUUUCUGUGAACACAUGCCGGUGGUGGCGAUGGCCUGUGGAUCCACCGCCGUCAACAGCCUGGCUGGACUUGUGGCUCUGGUCCUCAUCCCUGUUGUUGACUUCAUCAUCAUCAUCGUGUCCUAUGUGAUCAUCUUCAGCUCUGUGCUGAGGUCGGGCCAGUCAGCGGCCAAAGCUCUUCACACAUGUGUCACUCAUAUUAUAGUAAUGACGGUCACGCUGGUCGUUGCUCUAGUCGCUUUACUGUCACAUCGAGUCAGAAAUAAGGUUCCUUCAGCUGUUCAGGUUUUCUUAAGCACCAUGAUUUUACUGCUGCCAUGUUGUUUCAACCCAAUCAUCUACGGCAUCAAAAUUGCAGAGAUACGACAAAACAUCGCGAAGACACUAGGCCGCUGUCGAAUUGCUGUAACUGUGACUGUUUCUUAA